AAAAAGAGGACGUGCAUGGGCGCUCGUACAAGGCAAUCAGAUUAUAUACAUAUAUCCCAAACAGUAAAAGGGGGCAACAGAGCACUAUUACGCAUGUGCAAGGGACAAAGAGGGGAAUUUGAGACCGACCCAACAAAAGGGGCCCACUGAUCUCUGCCGCUUUAGUAUUAAAUCCCAAACGAUUUUGAGUAGAAGGUAUUAGUUUUGUGUCACAGAUAGUUUGCUUGAAGUUCACGUUAAAAUGACAACAACAUUAUUACGAACUGGUCUACGAUUCGUAAUUUCCAACAGGUGUUUUAAAAAAAGAGCUAUUUCAGCUUUAUGCUGUGGAAUAUCAGAAAAACAAAAUAUUUUACUAAAGUGCAAUCAGUAUUAUAAAAUAUCUCCGCGAGCGUGUAGUACAAGAAGUGUGCAUCAAACGGGUAUCUCAACUUCUGUAAGCGAACAAGAAAGUGAUAACGAUUCUGACACCGAACAAGAAAAAGGACAAUCGCUUUUCUGGAGAAGGAAAAUACGGACACUACAUUGUCAUUUGGAUAUUAAUAAAGACGGAGUUAUCAGUCACGACGAUUUUAUGUUGUUCGCAGAAAAAUUUUCUGACUUGGGACACUUAACUCCAGAAUUAAAAAUUGAAUUCAAAAAAUUAAUGAAUGAGAUAUGGGAAGAACAAUGGGGAGAAAUUAGUCCGUAUAAUCUUAUUUGUAUCGAAAAAUAUUUGAAGAAAAUGCAACAUGUUCUUAAUGACUCAUCAUUGAAGAGAAAAUGUCAUUAUUUUUUGCCAUUUUUAUUCAAAGCAGUGGAUAAAGAUCGAAGUGGUGAAAUUUCUGUAAAAGAAUUUCAGUUAUUUUUCCAAUGUUUAGGACUCACACAUGAUGAUGCAGUUAUUUCCUUCAGUCAUAUUGAUACUAAUGAUGAUGGUAAAAUUAGCUUUGAAGAAUUCAUAACAUUGGGUCGUGAGUUCUUCUUAACAGAAGAUCCAACAAAACCCAGUAAAUAUUUCUGGGGUCCUUUAGUAGAUUAAAAUUCUCACUGCAAUCCUAUAAUUUGUGAUAAUACAAUACUAUAUAUUAAUUAUUUUUAUAAUGAUAAUUUUUUGACUUCACUUGUAAGACAUUUGAGUUAUAGGAUAUAAAUUUUAUACUAUAGGUUAAUUUGUUUACCUAUAUACAAAAA